AUGAACUUACCUUUGUGCAAAACAACCAUACAUUGUGGCCAAGUCACCAGUUUUAUCAGGAGGAUUGACUGAGAAGGAUGGGAAAGUAUCAUUAUGGUAUGAUCUGAGUGCUCUGAGAGAUAUUACAGAGUUGAUUUGGUGGUAAAGAUCCCCACAUCUCAGGCUAUGUUAGGAGAUUUUGAGAUAGUCGAAUAUGUUCUAGAACAAAUUGACGGUUUCAGACAAUAUCAUAAUCCUGGAGGAAUGUGGGAAGCAUUCACCCCCGACUUCGAUUCAUUCAAACAACGACUUGAUUCACUCAAAGAAGACUAUGAAUAUGCCAGAUUGAACCAGGACUGAGAGAAAUAUUGCUAUGUUUCCAUCGAGACCAAAGAGCUCCUUAACAUUCUCUUGGAGUCCAACCUCUACAAGCAAUACAACAAGCAGAAGAUGUACAGAACCUUUGCAAAUAUGAAGGAUGGCCUAGAACAAGAGUGCUACAUUUCAUUUCCUUGGGCUCAAGAGAAGUACCAAGAAAUCAAGGAAAUGAUUGAGAUCUCAGGAUACAAGAAACUUCUAAUCAAAUUGAGAAGAAAUGAAGAGCGUAAUAGGAAACAAGAGAAAAUGAUUAAAUAAGCUAGAGAAAGAAAAUAUGCACCAAACAGAGGAGAUCCAGUCUCAAAUCAGAGAAAUUAGAUCUCAUCAAAUACAAAUAAAUCUCUAUAAAAUAGAAGAGCUUAGAAAGACUGCAAGGAUUAAAAGCCAGGUAGAUGCUGUUAAACAAAGAGAUCAAAAGAUCAGAUCUCUGGAAAAUAAAACAGAAGAACUCGUAGAAGACGAAACAAAGAUGAAACAAACAAUACUCAAUUUAGACGCUGAAAAUCAAAAACUAAGCCUAAAGAACUCUAAGAGCGAUUAUCAAAUUUUAGAAUUAGGAAGGAGAAUUCAUGGAACUUCGAGAGAAGAAAGAAAAGAAAGCCUAAAUAAACAAAAUAAAGAGAAAGAACUACUAAAACAAGUCCCCACCACAGCUACCCACUCACCCCACUUCCCCCCUCUCGCACCCCCUCCAUUCACCCUAAACCCCUCCAACCCCACCCUCCAAACCAGACUCUCCAACUACCCCAGAAUAAACAUUCCCUCCAUCCCAGAAGAGAUCCAACCCCUCAAGACCUUCCUAAGCCACCACUUCCCGAAUACAGUAAAAAGUUUCUACUGUAAUUACGACUCUGGGCUAAAUAAUUCACUUGGGUUUUAUAUGGAAGGAUUAGAGGGGAUAAGGGAGAAAGUGGAGGUUUUAGUAGGGGUUUGUAAUUUCGCAGCCACCCAGUCCCAAACAAUCACUCUACUCUCAUUAUUCAAGACCAAGAAAACCCUCAGCUUGGCCGGCUGCAGACUAGACUUAUCCUCUCCACUGAACUUCAAUGGAGCUCUCACAGGAAGUACGCUAGAAAGGUUAAACCUAAGCUAUUGAGGUAGUAGCGACCGAGGGGACUGGAAGAACAACCCCACUCAUUUCGAAAAUUUAGUCAAAGGCUUAGCAAGCGAAGAGGAUUUUAGGAACAGCUUGAGAAUGAUUGUGGUGGAUAAUUGAGGAAUGGAGAAAAGGCAGAUUGGGGAUGUGCUGAAGGAGUAUGGACUCGGAGAUGUCAAAAUUUGAAUGUAGAGAUUAUAGUGCAAGAUAGAGGGUUAAAGCA